AUGGCUGAUCUCAAGAAGUUGGACGCGAUACCACUGAGCUCCUUUUACAGCUUGAGGGCGAACACCGAUUUUUGCAGAUAUAAGUACGCUCUCAUGGUCUAUGGAAAUGAAAAUCUAACGAAGAUACAAUUGUCCAAGACUAUGGACAUAAAACGAGAGGAAGUCUUCAUCAGAGCUAAUAAGAAGUUGCGCCGCGAGAUGGUUACAAAUGCACCAUUUGCUGUAGACGUCGGUACACCACAUGGUUGGACAUCUACACUCUUUUAUAAUUGUUACUAUGGGAAAUUACAAUUGUUCGACUCGCUCUAA